AAGUUGGUUUAAAAAUCGUUUCACGCGCAAUACAGUACUUCUAUGUAUAUGUUAGGGUCAUUGAAACUUGAAAGAACGAGAUUAAAAUUGCAUGAGCGUUAAACGAAACAGUGAUUGAGUGGAUAAUUACCGGUUAUUUUCAAAUGAAGUGGAUAAUUAUCGGAACGCGUGCUUCAAAAGUCCCGUUGACGCAAGGAAGGCGGAGAUAGACUCGGAUCACUUCCGGGAUGGCUGUCUGUUUUGCUAGCGCGAGCGCCUCGCUUCGACGUGUGAACUAGGCAAAAGGAGGAGAAAGGAGAAGGGCUUGAUUAGAGCUUCCGACGGGGAAGUGAAAUGAUAACAUGAAGCAUCUGCUGUAAAUAUAUUUUGCGUGGUUUUGUUGCCUCACGAUGCCGUCUCAGCGCGUCUUCGCCCUGCCGAGGCAGCAAUCUCUGCUCCUACCUGCCGUCAUCAACCCGUUUGUGCAGGACACCCAGCUCUCCAGGGCCACCAUCAUAAAAUGUGUCCUCCAGGGAAUCGUCCUGGUCCCCCUUCGAGCCAUCCUCAUCUCAUUGGUCCUUAUGGUGACCUGGCCAGUGGCUGUCAUCAUCACCUUCAAACAUCCUCUGAAGGGAGCAGUGGCACCAAUGACAGGGUGGAGAAGGCUCUUGUGUCAGAGUGUGAUGGCCACCCUGGGGAGAGCCUACUACUUCUGCAUGGGCUUCCGGGUGGUGGUGAAGGGCAAGCAGGUGGGCAGCGGCGAGGCCCCCAUUCUGGCUGUGGCCCCCCACUCCACUUUCUUUGACGGUAUCGUGUGCAUUGUGGCCGGCCUGCCCUCCACAGUGUCCCGUGUGGAGAACCUGGCCACACCCAUAUUUGGCAGGUUCGUCCGCUGCCUCCAGCCAGUGCUGGUAUCCAGAAAAGACCCUGACUCAAGGAAGAACACCAUUCAAGAGAUUGUCGGGAGAGCCAAGUCUGGAGGCCUGUGGCCACAGGUUUUGAUAUUUCCUGAGGGAACGUGUACAAAUCGCUCGUGUCUCAUCACAUUCAAACAAGGUGCCUUUAUUCCAGGCGUACCUGUGCAGCCUGUGAUUCUGAGAUAUCCCAAUAAAAUAGAUACAGUCACGUGGACCUGGCAAGGUUUCAGUUCAAGGACCCUACUGCUUCUUACGCUGUGUCAAAUGUACACCACUGUGGAGAUUGAGUUUCUGCCGCCUCACAUCCCCACAGAGGAGGAGAAGAAAAGUCCUGCUUUGCUUGCCAGCAAAGUGCGAGACAUCAUGGCCAAGGCAUUGGGUGUCCCCGUGACGGACCACACGUACGAAGACUGCCGUCUGAUGAUCUCUGCCGGCGAGUUGACACUGCCAAUGGAGGCCGGCCUGGUUGAAUUCACUAAAAUCAGUCGUAAACUCAAUAUCAAGUGGGACAACGUGAGGAAGGAGUUGGAUGGUUUUGCAGCCAUGGCCAGCUCCUGUCGAGGGGGACGCAUCACCAUCAAGGAGUUUGCCAGUUUUCUCAAGCUCCCCAUCAACCCUGCCCUGGAGGAGCUCUUUGCACUCUUUGACAGGAAUGGCGACGGCACCAUAGAUUUCAGAGAGUACGUCAUCGGAGUAACCAUCUUGUGUCGACCUGCUAACACUGAAGACGUACUGCACAUGGCUUUCCGGCUGUUCGACACUGACGAGGAUGAGAAAAUCACCCGGGAGGAGUUCACUGCCCUGCUCCGUUCAGCUUUGGGUGUCUCCGAUCUCAACAUGGUCAAACUUUUCAAGGAAAUCGAUGCAGACAGCUCGGGUUUUAUUACAUUCGGUGAGUUUCAAGCCUUCGCCAUGACCCAUCCGGAGUACGCCAAGCUCUUCACAACCUAUCUGGAGCUCCAGCGGUACCAGGCCAUUCAGGAGGCGUCACCCGGGGAUCUUGAGCUAAGCGGAUCUGGAGAGAAUCAGGAAGACAGCACCUCGGACAAGAAGGAUGACUAACUGAAUCUGUGGUCCACUCUCUUUUGUUUUGGUUAUGUUGCUUGCCUUUUUUUAUGGACAUUAAAACAAUGUUUUUAUUUCCAGUCUUAGUAGUUAGUGCCUUAUGGGGCAGACACACUAUCGUCACGCUUUGGAGCACCUGUCAAAGUUACUGCUUGCUCACAAUUUUCCUCUUGUGCUUUGUUUUGACCCAAUUGACCUUUUUUUCCAAUGGCAAAUCUGAGGGAUAGGACGGCACACUGCUUUUAGAAUUAUACCCGCUGAAGGCCAUUACACUGCAGCACCGCAACGUGAAGUUUGGUACUAAAUAAGACAGGAAGUCUCCAAUUUUCAUUCCAAGGCAUCAUUUUGGUGUCGUCUUAGCCUUUUUCAAAGGCAAGACAUUUUUAUUUACAGAUUGCACCCAAAAUUAAGUUUUGUUUUUAAAAAUUUAAUCCCGAAGCUAACCUAAUUUGGCAACAUAACAUUUUGUAGGCAUGUUUUGGACAAUAGCCUUUUUUUUUUUUUUUUU